AGCCGAACCUGUUGCGAUUUCCUGCUCGUGAGCGUGCUGGUUCUAGUGGGAAUGUAGAGUCUGGACCGACCUCCACGGGAAGAUCUGUUUCUCCUACUAGAAUUACAAGUUCGCGUCAACAGUGGGAGCGCUUUGAUUGGAAAGAUUGCCGCACACUGACAGACUCAGUGGGCUACCAAUUGAACCGCUUAGCGCUUUAUCGUUACGACUUCCCCUAAUCCAUCUUCGGAAGCAUCGUAGCGACGUUUUCAAGGGGAAAACAGUCUCAGGAUGGACUUGGAGAUGGACGAUUAGGGUGAGCUCUAAGAUGGAGAACGAUUCGGGUCAGGCAGCGCAACUUCUGUAGAUUCUGACUUCGUCAACACGCUGAUAUCCGAAGUGGACUGCAAGGAGAUGCUACACGUGCUUUUCUACAUGGAUCACGAUGAGACAUCGCGGAUUCGAGAUAGUCUGUCUGCCCAAGAGCGCCAGUGGAUGUUGCAGCUGACUUGCGGUGGAGCUGCCAGUAGGCGGCGCAUCAAGGCGAGUAAUGCGGUGAUUAGCUUAGGGCAGUUGUACCAAGCGAUCCUGUCGGUGUGUGAACGCCACAAACUAGGCCCCGCGGUCGAGUUCUAUUUGGCUUUCAUGGUACCAACGGAGUACGUACUUCCGAUCGUAGCGUCAUUCGGCAAACACUUCGAUCGCAUCUUACAAGAAUCGACUUUGCAGCAAUCUAUUAAGGCUUACCGUAAUUGUAAGCAGUUCAUUCAAGAUAAAUUUUCUAGGAGGUAAUUAACACGCUCUAAUAAGUCUGAUGCAGCAGACAUGAUCCCGAUAAGCCAGAAACGAGACGCAGUAGCGUCUAUCAUCUGUCAGCGAUUGUUCCGAGCCCAGCUUCCAACGCUGAAGAACGCCAACGCUAGCACCUCGACAAGUUCCAGCACCUCUUGUUCCUCUAGAGUAGAGUCUCAUUUCGGUAUGCUGCAUUCAUUGGCAGGUGCUGCGCCAAAGGGUGGCAACACAGCAGGUGGCGGGGGGAGUACACCUGGAAACGACAUCAUCCUGGGCAGCGAUCCUAUGAAAGCGGUCGUGCAGCUGGAUGAGAGCGGUCGAGAAGUCGAUGCCUAUCGCAUUCCUCUGCGCCUGUCGGCUGAAGAAUUUAUCACCCUCAUUCCCGAAGACCGACAGCAGAGGUAUCUGGCGGAUGUGGUAAACGCAAGAGAGCGCUUUUUUUCGCCUGCGUCGGUCGCCGCAAGCGGAGUACCGGUGGAGACGGCUGGGACGAGGGUUUUAAAACAUCAGAUGUUAGGCAUCGAGCGGUGGCGCAAAGGCAGCUCCAUCACGCCACAGGAAAGAGCGAAAUACCGAAGCCAACUGCAACAACUAGGAGAACGUGAACGUGUUGGUAAUAGUAGUAUGAUGAGUUCUUCGGCUGUCACGCAUUUGAAUCCGACGCUCGUGGCCCCAGCCGCAUUCUGGACCCAUAUCGAGCGGGUACAUCAAACAGCUGCGCAACCGAAGCGGCUUCCACUCCUCAAACGAAAAGACAACAAGACUUCUGUAGGAUCGUCGAAUAAUCAUAUUAAAACUGGAGCUAGCACUACAAGCACAGCAAAAGCUACAGCAACCGGCAAUAUACCUCCCAACACACUUGAUAGGUCCUCCUCAGGUGCAGCUGGAGGAGCUGGUGGUCCCCAGGGCAGAAGUGCUAUCCACAUGACAAGUAGUAGUACUAUUCAAGGCACAUCCGUUAAGGAACUCAGUGCUGGUAAUACUUCUGGUGCUGCGCCACCUGGUUCGACAACAACGAGUGCGGCUUCCCUUCCUCGCGAUGCUGCAUCUUCGUCGGGUGAGGAGAGGCAGGAAGCAGAGGCGAGUGAACAACGUGGAGGACCUCGACCUCUACUAGAGGUACAAGAACUUCUACAGGGAAAUAAGACAGACACUAAAACUAGUGGUAUACUGCCCCCACCUUCAGCACGUAGUGCAUCCGCGUCGCCGACCAGUGAGCAAGAGGGAACAAAUAGAAAACUGACAGGACCAGGAGUGCCAUCGCCAAGUGAACACGUAAAUGCGAGCGGUCACGGUACAACUGGCAGCGCGUCAACAAGCGCGGAUACUGGCCAGUGGGUGUCUAAGCACACUCUUCCCUUUGAGCAAAUGAUUUUUCCGGAACGUGACACUACUCCGAGUACCGUGGCUUACGGCGACGAGGAGGCCGAUCUGCGUCUGCGGAAGUGCCGGCCUUUGAGCGAGUGGAACUUGCUUUGUCAACGUAAUUCGCGCUUGCGACUCUUUGGCCGCGUGUUACGCAUCUGCGGUGGGCGCAACGGCCAAGUACUCUGCUUUUGUAUCAGUCAGUCGUUGUUUGAAGGCCACUUGUUCGCUGCCCUAGCGCGUUGGCGCAGUAUCAAAGAGCUGUGCUCAGCAGACCACAACAGCGUCGAUUUGAGCCGAAAUCUGCGUUCGGGCCCAUUUGUUCAUACAGAUGAGGAACCGAUUCUUUAUGGCCAUCUAAUGACAAGGCCGAAUUCGCAAUCUAUAUCAAAUCGUUCUUAAGUAGCAGGUGUUGUUCUUCUAAUCCAAAGCCAAAUGGCUCCUGGAACAGGACAUUAUGUCAUAAUAUCUAUAUCAAAUCGUUCUUAUAAGUGCAGCAGGUGUUGUUCUUCUUGACCUUAAGUGCAGCAGGAGUUCACGCAAAUCGUUCUUAAGUAGCAGUCUUCUAAUCCAAAGCCAAAUGGCUCCUGGAACGCAUUUCGGCUGUUGGCAAGCUAGUCGCGUUCUCUGUCGCAGAAGACCGGAAGACGGAAGGGAAAUUUUAUUAAGGGUAGGUUAAAGGUGCUUUUCUUACCGCUUUUUAUGCCUCUCUCCCUUAGGAUGAGAAAGGCAUAAAAAGCGGGGGAACCCGCGAGCACCAAAAACCUACCUCUAAUUUUACGCGGAGGACGUCGUUUUCCUGGAUCCUGAGAACUACACGGACUUGCCGACUUUGAAAACAUCAGCUUGGGAGCAGAGGCUCAAAUGCGAUCCCUUACCAGCUCAAGAAGAAGAACACGUAGUUGAUGUGGCGCUUCAUGAUCAUAUAUCAGAUGGCGCUGUAGCGGAACACGAAGAACGUGGUGGAGCUUCACCAUAUUAUAGGAAAGGAGAGAAACCAUCUUCAGCGAUUCACCAUCAAAAAGGACCUCUUUUGUCGAAAGUUAUGGAAGAUGUGACAUCGAAUUCCGAAUGGUAUGUUGUUCCUGCUUCUACAAAAUCAAAAUUUUGGUAGGCUGAUCUUCUAAGUAGACAUAAGUACUUCAAAUGACAGCAUGGCCAUGAUCUUGAACAUCAGCAUGCCCAUGAUCUUGAAUAUCAGCUUAUCUACUCUCUUAAAUACACGAGACGUAGUAAAGCAAUCCAAGAACGAGAGAAAAAAUCGAAAUUUUCCGUUCUAAUCUGAACAGCGGCGCCUCAACUGGUGGCAAAAACAAAGAGGGUGCCAAAGGAAAGGCGCCAGGAGGUAAGAACUGGAAAGGGUCACCGGCUUCAGGGUCACCGCCUUCGGGGUCGCCGCCUUCAGGAUCUUCGAGUGAAAACUGGAACGACGUUGGUGUUAUACCGUCCUUUUCGCCCAUACAGACGCCGCUCCAGAGUGCUAGUAUCCCGCACCAGCAACACGAGGACACUCCACAUCAGUUACGGCUUCCCCUAAUGGUCCAUCUUCAGAGAAGUCAUCCUAGGAGAGAGAGAGAGACGUUUUCAAGGAGCAAACGCAUCCAGGAUGGUCCUCAGGAUGGAUAAGUGUGGGCUCUAAAUCAGGUGUUUGAUGAGGGAGAAGGCCGUGUUCAUAAAGGAGCUGCAGCUGCCGUUGGAGUUGAUCCUCUUAUUUCCCUGGAUAUUAAUAAGGCUAGCUUACAGGCGUUCACGUUCCCGUUUGUUUUGCCGCUCUACUUAUAAGCGAGAGAGGCAUAAAACAACCGGUUAGUUUUUACCUCUAAACCUUAGGUUUAUCCCAUGAAACAAAACAAAUAACGCGGGAAGCGAACACCAAGAAAAGCCUACCUCUAAGGAUAUGAUGAAUAGCAAUGACGGCCCUGCUGCACCGGGAAAGAUCCCGCAGAUGCACUCGCAUCCGGACCACAGCGACUUUAGGAGCCUCGACGACUGGGCAGCGGAAUGCGCUGCAAACUACAAUCUGCGACUCCGUGGGAGCUUGGUUUUAUGAGAAGAAUAGACUGGUGUCAUAGUCAUCUAUUACUCUCUAGAAGUCUAGCAAGAAGUACACUUUUUCAUGUGAAAAAUUCUUUCACAACUUUAUCAUAGAAUAGUUUUCAUCGAUGUUGAUAAGUAGCAAUGACAUACAUUUUAUUGGCUAUCUAAUGGACUGUUGGUUCGAUCCUGUUAUUAUUUUUUAGUCUCCCUCGAUGUUACCGUUACUAUUCCUGCUCUCGUCCACAAAGGCAGUCGUUCCCGCUUCAUGAAACCGUUUCAGGGAUACGCAAGGAUACGGAUUUCUACGGUCCUCGCAUUUUGAUGGAACACUAUAUGCAGCUCUCACACGAUUUUGGGCCAUCAAAACAAUCCACGCUUGGCGGUGCAAGGGAGUUGUAGACGUAUUUAUUUCUCAUUUUUGUUGUACUUAUCAUGUACUUGUUACCAUGUUGUACUUUUCAUGUACGUGUCACGUGCUUAUCAUGUUCUUGUCAUGUAGAAAUAGAGGCUCAUGAUCUUAUCUUCGGGGAAAAGACUCAACGAAUCUUUGACUCUGUUGUAUAGUGGCGCUUCUUUUUAACAACUUGAUCCAACACCUUUAAUCCAGACCGGCAGUACCUUCCUGACGAAGGAGGAAGAGCCAGAUAUUGGCAGGUGGUUGACGUCCCAAUUAGACCACGCGCCAUUGAGCGUGAAGUUUCGAGUGGAGAAGGACCGAAAUCUAGUCGGAAAAUUUUUCGCCAACCAAAUCGAGUUUCUAGAUGCCUCCCUGUCUUUGGAAGAUGCCCUCACUGCUGGUGGAACACAGCCGCGCGCCGAAUUACAAGGGAAGGGUGCUGGCGUUUUGAGCAUACCGUCGUCAUCGUUCGAUGCUGACCAAGGUGGGAAGAGUUCCGCAUCCACAUCAAAAAAUUUCUCUGGUGGUGGUCCUCGAGGCAAGCAUCAUCAAGAACGUGUUAAUCAACAUGGAGGGCGUGCGUCGUCUUCCGAUCAUCACGGUGGUUCCAAUUACAAGGGAGGUUCUGCAUCUGGUGCGUCGUCGUCAAAGGGGCAGCACUCCCAUGAACGUUCUAAAGGCCCAUUUGCAGAGGCCUCAUGCAACAUUAAGGCUUCCACAAAUUCAGCUUAAAAGGUAUCUUUGACAUUCUUCCUUGCACUCAGCAAGGGGAAAAUAAGGGCUAAAGAUGCACCUAAAGAAAGAUGAAUUUAGGUACUAUGGUCUAACAGAAAGGGUAAAAAUACCUCCACUACCAGUAACAGCAAGAGCAAGAGCAACCAGCACAGGGGCAAACAAGGUUACCACACUUCCAAUGCCGGUUACCACGACAAUGCGAAUUCCAGUUACGACCACACCAAUUCUAGGGAGGCGCGUCAUCACGAUUCAGGUUUUAACUAUGAACAUCAAAACGUAAACGACGUUGCGGGCAGUGGUUCUUCAUCGGUACGCCACAAAGGCAGUCGCAAACCCGGUAAAUCCUUUGAUGGUGUAGUGCGACACGACCAUGAUCAGAGGAAUUGGAAUGCUGGACCCGCAACACAUAAGGGCGGCUCUAGUUCAACAACACACAAGGGUAAAUUAAGGCUCAACUUUCAAUGGUCAUCGGGGUUGGUCACUGAGAUCGAAGAGGCGACCCCUUAUGAGAGAACAGGGGAAAACGAAGGGAAAGGGGAGACCUUCUAAAAGGGGGUCGCUUCCGUUCAGAGUCAUGAUGACCAAUGAGUGCUGCGCUUUAAGUAAAGCAGGUAAACAACAUCAUCCAUCCACCAGCUCAACAUCUGGAAAAAAUCACAAAAAGGGGAAAUCGUCAAGCGGGUUUGUUGCUGGAAGUCGCCCACCGUACUCUGGUGGUGCAUCGGACCACCCUUAUAGCAGUGGACAGGGUAUUAAUCAUGCACCGAAACGACGCAGAGUAGACGAAAAAGGGGGUGGUCAAGGACUAGGGGCAAGUUCGUUAUUAGAUAACAUGGAUGAAACAACCCGUCGUGCACUGGAAAUCGGUCUUUCCAUCAUGAAAGGGGGUCCACAGCGACAAUAUUGAGACCACUAGAGGACCUUUUAGUUUUAGCUUACCUCUAGUGGAAGCUUUACAAUAUUGAGACUAGAGGACGUUUUAGCUUACCUCUAGUGGAAGCUACAACAUGUUAAAUUUCAAGAUGAAGAUCGGGGCGGUUGUGCAGAAGAAGUUCUCGUAGUACCACUUGCUGUCUUCUAGUCCCCUUUCAUCACUAGAAGAUGAUAGGGGGAGAGGCGGAGCAGUUCAUCGUGCCGCUAUUGGGUGAUACCCUAGUGGAGUAGUUUGUACCUUUGCAGAGGAGCUAUUCCUUGUAUCAGAAACGAGAUGGCGUUGACAAUGACGACGAUUUAUUGUAGCUCCUUGAACAAUCAAGAAGUUUAGUGUUUUAGACUGCGUUCCGGCAUCAAGAGCGUCAGUGGCACUUGAC